GGUCUCUAUCUGGGUCCGAGCUGUCCACUUCAAGCGUCUAGUCCAGUGACCGGCACCUAGUGAGCGCUCAAUAAAUACGGAUCGGAUGAAUGAAGGCGGCGGAACGCGACGGGGCGGGGCGGGUCUGUAAGGCAGCCGGGGGAGCGGUUUGCCGGUUGCACUGGCGGCUGAGCGGACCGCUGUGUCCCUCGGCCCCUGCCCAGGACCGGAGAUGCUGCCCGCCCUGCAGGAGUCCCUGGACGGGGACGACAGAGAGCUGGACAGCGGCGACGACAGCGGCCCCCUCGAGCGGACCCCCAGCAGCUCCUACUGUCUGUACGCUUAUCACAGCAACAGCAGGUCAACUCACCAGCGAGGUGACAGUGAUGAUGGCAGUGCAAGCGGCUCCACAACAGAAACUCCUGCUGCCCAAGAUUUCAGUCUCUCUUUGGUGGACACCAACUUACCAUCUGAAAUAGAGACAGAACUGCGCAGUUUCAUUGCCAAGCGCCUGAAUAAAGGAGCGCUCUUUGAAGGUCUGGGUAAUGUUGCUUCAGUGGAGUUGAGUCUUCCAGACUACAGAGUUGGUUGUUACUAUUGCCUUUUCCAACAAGAAAAGUCAUUCCCUGAACCCACAACAGAUGACCCUGACCUGAAUCCUCCAGAGUAUGUGGUCUGUUUUUUAGGUGGCUCUGAAAAGGGGCUUGAACUCUUCAGGCUUGAGUUGGACAAGUAUGUUCAAGACCUGAAGAUGAGUUUUGAUUGCAAGGAAAGUAACUUGGAGACCAGCAUCAAAUCCUACCUGAGCAACUGGUUUGAGGAUGUCGUGUGCCCAAUCCAGAGGGUGGUUCUCCUCCUUCAGGAGAAGCUUGUAUUUCUCUUACACGCUGCUUUGAGUUAUACUCCCGUUGAAGUUAAAGCAUCAGAUGAGAAAAUCAAGCGAGAUAUUAAUAGGUUUCUCAGCGUGGCCAGCCUGCAGGGGCUCGUCCAUGAAGGGACCAUGACCUCCUUAUGCAUGGCUAUGACAGAGGAACGGCACCAGGCAGUGCUGAUAGACUGUAGCGGGCCACAGCCCCAGGUGCAGAACGCAGGGAGCAACAAGUUCUGUGAGGACUGGCUGCAGCCCUUCCUGAACGGGGCCGAGGGUGGCCAUCCAUUUCUCUUCCGACAACUGCUAGAGAAUUUUAAGCUGAAGGCAAUUCAAGACACAAACAAUCUGAAGCGAUUUAUCCGCCAGGCAGAAAUGAAUCAUUAUGCCUUAUUUAAGUGUUACAUGUUUCUGAAGAACUGUGGUUGUGGAGAUGUGCUGCUGAAGAUCGUCAAAGUGGAACACGCAGAAAUGCCAGAAGCCAAAAAUGUGAUAUUGGUCCUUGAGGAAUUCAUGAGAGAAGUAGCAACGGCCCAACGUUUUUAAUCAUUUUCUUUUUAGGGAGUGGGGACCAAGUACUGAACAUUCAUGAACUUGUGGUUGGAAUUUGCUACUGUGAUCAUCGUUCAUGCUAAUUUAAGAGAUUUAGAUUACUUUGGAAUAAGAUGAGACUCCAGGGAGGGGGGAGGGGAGCUUUUUACAUUUUUUAAAUUUAAUUAUAGGGAGAAACAAAGCCUAACGAAAUGGGGGCCUGAUAGCCAAAGAGGUUUGACAUGCUGUCAACUUUGAGCAUGUUUCCUGCCCAAGCUAUCAAGAAUUUUAGGGCUAGAUGGAGGUGACGACUGCCACCCCAAAUCUUAUAUUUAUUUUCCCUCAGUUCCCUCUUUCAGUGGUCAGCAACCCACCUGGCAAUAAAUUGUGGCGAGUCUUUCUUGGCAACCCUUGGGUUUAUCAUUGCUUUUGAUGCCACUUAAUUACCAAAAAAAAUUCAAUCCCAAAUUUUAGACUGAUUUUACUCCCCAAAUGUAAUCCCCAAACCAAUCUGUAAAUAUGUCACAUCAUAAACGCUAUGCACUCUGUGGGUGCUUGAUGAAUGUUUUUAAUGAUAAUAAUCCCCCUCUUUUGCUCAUUUGCAAAUCAGUCUUGUAUUUGCAACAGAUAAAUCAUAUUUAAAAGUGCUCAUCAGCUAAAAAAAUAAUUCAGAUGGAAAACUAGUGGAUCAUAAUCCCAAUUAUGUCCAUUUUUAAAAUACGUUAACAGUUUUUUCAGGGUUGAAAUCAAAAUGCUCAACAAACGGAUAACCGUUCAAGGGAUCAAAGUAGCAAGCGAAAAAUAUAAUGGGAAGAAUUCAAGAGGGCUUCUUGAUUGAAUCAAAUCUGGUGCAUGGCCUUUUAAUUUUAUUCAUGCAUCACUUUCUCAGAUCACUGUAGUCCGAAUCGAUCGACAGGACUGAGCACGGCCCUCAGAUGGUCACAUGCUACUCUCCCUGAAGCCCAAAUUAGAUUCAUGAACUGUGCUCUGAAGUAUACUAUGUCAUGGGCAUAUAGGUGCUGAAUAAAUCCUAUUGGAUGACGGUGAUGACAGUGAUGUCUUGAUUUAGAUAAUAGGAUAUGUGAGACCUAAGUUUCCAUUGCCCUAGCAGUUCACUAAAGAACAGAGGCAGUAAGUAGAGCUAAGGAAUUGUCUUUCAAACAGCCAUAGUCACAUUAUGAAUUUUUCAAAAUGAUUGAUUCAUGUCAUUCCUUUAUUUGCCCCUCCCAAAAAGUUUAGGAAAAUGACAGUCUAUACUUACUGCAAUGGUGAUUUUUUUUAAAUUUAAUGACCAGUAGUUGUAUAUUAGAGAGGGAGCGUGUUGUUCAAUUGACAAACAUUCACUUAAAUUUAAAUCUGUGAUUAUGUUUACAAUAAAAAGGCAUUCUGGC